GUAGGCACCUUCCUGGAAGUCCUUCCCACGAGAGAAUAAUGGGUCUAUCAAACACGUUCUUUCUGGGUAAGGUCCCAUCACCGACGUCGAUUUUCCCAACAUUGACAACUUCAAAUCCCCUUUGAUCCCAUCCCCACCACCCUGCCUAUAUCAUCCAAGGAAAACCCAUCACAGUUUCCACCCCCAUCAAGAACUCCUUCCUUUCACAUAACCCAUCUGCUAGAUUCCCAUCGCAGGCGCUUCUUCUGCAUCCCAAAAGCUGGCUCAUUUCACUGAUCAGGCUUGCAAAGUGCUGCGUCGAAACAUGGAAAGCGAUCGUUCCAAAGAGAUAACAGCAGCCACCAGCAAUGACGGGGAGUUCGAGGACAUGUUACCGGUGAUGGCAGAGAAGCUCGACGUAGAGACUUUCGUGUCGGAGCUAUGUGGGGGGUUCAGGCUCUUGGCAGAACCUGGAAGUGGUUUGAUAACAUCAGAAAGCCUGAGAAAGAAUUCAGCCCUUCUAGGAAUGGAGGGAAUGAGCGUAGAAGAGUCGGAGGCGAUGGUGAAAGAGGGAGAUCUUGAUGGCGACGGCGCCCUCAACCAGACAGAGUUUUGCAUCCUAAUGGUGAGGCUCAGCCCCGGAUUGAUGCAAGAUGCAGAGGAUUGGCUUCAGAAGGCCCUUGACGAGGAGCUUGCCAAAUCUUCUCGACAGACUCAUGUUCCUUCGACGAGUUCAAAAGAAUUUUCCAAUCCCUAAGCAGUUGUCCCCCAGCGUUUACAUGUAAACAGGUUUGUAACAAAGGCGAUAGAAGGACUCAUCGCAUUUCUUCCCAUCAUGCAUAGUCCUUCCAGUUGAAUAAGUUGAAUAGAGUCUAGGACUACGACCCUCGGUGUUGGAUCUCCCUGUUCCUGCAUUUACAGCUAUUGACAAUGGCCAAAAGCUCGCUGCAGCUCAUCCGUCUCCACGAUCAUAUUCCUAUCGUAUGAAUGAGCAAAUUCCGCAUGUACAUCAUUAUGCACCAUAAGCAGCAUUUUCUCCUAA